UGUGGCCAGUGUCAGUCCUGUACCGGGGGCAAGCAUGAUACCGCAAAAACAACCCCCGCCAACAACAGUACCACCACCAACAUCAUCAUCAUCAUCGUCGUCCUUGUCGUCGUUAUCGCAGCAGCAGUCGGUGAAUGCCAGUGUCAACAGUGUGGCCAACAGUAGCAGCAUGACAACGACCGUCGUCGCCGUUAGUACCGGUCCCGGAACGGCAGCGACGGUGGGUACUACUUCCGGGACGGGAGCGGCAUCGAACACCGGCACCGCCGCCACCACCAUCGAUCGUACGACGAUGCUGGUGGAGAAAAGCGCCAACCAGAAUGCGACGCCACGGCAGCAUCCGAAAAAGCGAAAGUUUGAUCUCGCCGAGCUAGAAGAGAUGGAAUCGCAUCGGCCAGUACCGCCACCCCCAUUACCGGCGCCACCGACACCUACGUCGGCGCAUGCCGGUACCAAUGGAGGAAAGCCGGUGGUGGCACAACCGAUGGAUACGGAAGGAGCAGGAGGUGGAGGAGGUAUUUGUCGUGAAGUGGACAAUAGAGAUGGAGGAGUUCGUGGUGGUGGUGGUGAAGGGUGUGCCGAAGCAGAAUCAUCAUCGCGAUCAUCGUGUACCGGAACGACGGUAUUUAGGAACGGUGAAUCCGAGGAAAAUGGAAGCUUUGCUGCAUACCAUUACGGUGCUAGCACCAAUGGUAAAUUUAGUAGAGAAGGUAGCACCAGCAGCAGCACCACCACCAACCAUAUGGUGACAGAAGCGAGAACGGUCAAUCAGACGACGUACGAAACCACGAUCCAAUCGGAACGAUUGCAGCGAGAACCGGGUAGCCGGGAGCGGAUAUUGAACUGUACUGGCCAUCGCUCGCAGGCGAGCAAUAGUCCCGGCCAGGGAUCGUCGUCAGCAGUGUCACCGGCGAGUAAUGGUAGCAACGGUGGGCUGCUAGUCGCACAACAUCGCGUCAGCCCGGGCAGUGCGGAAACGGCCAUGAUCAAUCUAACGUCCGUCCCGACGACCGCCACGCUGCUAACGAUGGUACCGGCCAACAGUGGGGGUAAUGUGAAGACACACCAUUUGCACCACCGUCCAGCGGUAUCCACCCACUACACUCAUCAGCUACACCAUCAACAACCACCGCCGACCGGUAGCCACAGUCCGGGCAUGAACGCUGCCAGUAGUAGCAGUAGUAAUAAUGGUAGCACUAUAAGUUGUACUAAUAAUACCAGUAGCAUUAAUAAUAGCAAUAGUAACGGUGCCACUUCGACCUCCUCGUCCGCCGCCGCGUCCUCUUCCUCCUCCUCCUCGUCCAUCGCCACGAUGAAUCGAUCUCAGAGCUAUACCAUUUCCACGAUAACGCUGCAACAGCCAUCACCGUCGAACACAGCGUCGCCACCGGGUGCCAUCGAUCCAUCCAGCCAGCUACAUCAGCAACAGCAACAGAAUAAUCAGCAUUCAUCGCAUCCGCUGAUUGCACACAAUCGGCAGAUACUGCUGGCUGUCGAUCCGGUUGCAAUAAGGCAUCACCAGCAGCAUCAACAGCAGCAACAAAUUUUGCGAUUGCAACCUUCAUCUACACCGGCCGACACGUACUACAUCAGCAAGAAGAAACUCCAUACGACACCAUCGUACGGCUCACCUGGAAGCUACAAACCAUCGCCAACGCCACCAUCUGUUGGUGGUACGGUUGCCACAUCGACACCAUCGCCCGUACAUCAACUCUCAGCAGCAACGUCGUUCUCCGUACCGCAGCAUCACUACCAGCAGCAUACACUGCAUCCACCCGGUCAGCAUUCCCAGCAGCAGUUCCGCCAGCAAUCACCACCAGCAUCAUCGUCCGCCGCUGCCACGCAGCAGGAUCCAUCGUUAUCCACCAGUGGCGGAGGGCAGUAUGGUAGUUCUGUCGUUAACUCCUCCACCAACACCACCACCACGACUCCACUGAUUGACCUCAGCGAAUGGAUCAACCAUCGGGUGUUGGCUCGUCGAAAAGACGUGUACGACUCUGGGCGCAUCCGUGCCACAUCCGCACCGGGCACCGUUGUGAUCGGGUUCGAUCAACCCGAGGGCAGCCAUCAGACGUACGACGGUGUGCUGGACGAUACGCACCGACAACAGGACAUCAUCGACGAUGUGUGUCCCGCGCUGGCCGAUCUACAACCGGGUGUGCGGGUUUGCGUUAGGGCUACCUGCGUACAUCCACAUCCGUUGACGUCCAACGGUGGCGAUGUAUUUGUCGAGGGCAUUGUGAAGGAAGUGCAUGGCAAUAAGAAACAGUUUUCGGUACAGAUUUUGAGCAGUGUCGUUGGCGAUAAACAUGAGCUUCGGAUAGUGAAACGUGUCGAUAUGCGUCUGCUUAAACCGCCCUGGUGGGAUGAGCUGGAAGAUGCGUUGGAUAACUAUACCGGCCAUACAGUGCCAUCAGGGCUGGUUGCUGACUGUGGAUCAACCAGGCGUAAUACAAUCACCCUCGACCAGCAUCGUGCUCAGGACGGAGACAACACCGGAAAAUCGCAGCAACCCCAACAGCCAGCCAUAGUGAGCUACGUACUGGCCACGUCGGCCAAUAGUGAUCAUUUGCACGGCAGUGCCACGAAUCAGCUGGUGACCGGGGUUUCGAGCGGAACAGCGGGACAACCGUCUGCCACCAUUAUCUACACCAGUGGUGCACCGUAUAAAAACAGCAUCAGCAUAACGCAGGGACGCGGUGUGGCGAGUGCCGGCAUACGGUACGAUCCAACACUGGGAGCAGGAUCAUCGCUGGAACAGCAACAGCUGAAGCAGCACCUGCACGUGCCAUUACAGUUGCAGCACGUUCUGCCGGCGGGAACGGGUGAGGAGCAACACCAUUACCGUAGUGCCGCCACGUCGCCUUUUCAGUCUGUACAGCUAACGAUCGGUGCGGAUCGUGAUCACCGUGAUCGGGAUGGCAUGGAUGGCGUUGCAGCUGCCGGGCACUAUACCGGCGCACAUGCGCGUUCCCAUUCGCUCCAUCAUGUUUCCCAUCCGGUGCAGGUUGGACUGUCGCCUGCACCGGCCCACAGCGGUAACACGAUCAGUGGGGCAUCAGGUUCCGGUGGUGCCGGUGGUACCGCCACCAGCAGCAGCUCAGUAUUAAGAACGCUCAGUCCGGAUGAUCUGCGUAUCACGAACCGUAGUUACGAUAACGAAAGCGAUGAUGAAGUACGCAGCAGUUUUCCCAUGGAAGGAGAAACGGAAAAAUACUCAGGCAGCAGCAAGCGAAGCAGUAUGCAAAGCCGUGGAAGUACCUCAAGCUUAAUGGAUCAGCGAAGUACACCCCGAUCUCAACCUGCAACCCCAAGAUCUCAAGCGGCAACACCGCACCGAUUCAAGAAGGGAGAUGUUGUUUCAACUCCGACUGGCAUACGGAAGAAAUUCAAUGGCAAGCAGUGGCGCAGGCUGUGUUCGAACGAAACGUGUUCGAAGGAAUCUCAACGACGAGGCUACUGCUCGCGGCAUCUCAGCCAGAAAGGCAACAAUACACUCCGAUCGUCCACCAGCUCGGUGACGAACCAUUUCAAUAGUAGUCGAUCAAGCAGUAAAACGCAGUUGGAUGAGGAAACAUCUAGAGAUUCUGAAACUUCACCCCACUACCGUGUCGCGGGACGAUUCGACCAGGAUGAAACAGAUGCCGCCAAUAUGCUCGUAUCGCUCAGUAGCUCCCGUUCGGCGACACCUAGCAAUUCGUUUUCGUCACCAACGGGUCAUGGAUCUUCCCCGUUAGCAACACAAUCGCCGGUAAUGAUCGGUAAUCGACAGAAUCUUUUCCUACCUAUCGGAAGCCCGGCACCGUCCAGCGAACCACACGGUAGUGUUGGUAGUGGCAGCAGCAAGUACAAAACGAACACACCGAGCCCAAAUCCGUCGCACGUCAUUGGUGGCGGUAUCGGUAUUGGCAGUAGCGGUAACACUAGCGGAGGCCAUCACCAUCCACUCAUUCGCCCCGAGUCGCUACGGCCAACGCAGCCGCCAACAAGCAGUGCAACUGCACCACCACCGACCGGUCACGCGACCAGUGUCAUACGGAUGUCACCGCUCUAUUCGCAGCAUUCGGCACAUCCGUCUGCCAUUUACGCCAGUUAUCCGUUGCAUGUGGGUGGGACCAGUUCUGCAGUGGGACAAUCAUCCUCCAAUUCCCAGCAGCAAGUUCACGUGGAAUCUUUAUCGACUAAUGGUGUUGUUCAACAUCAGCAGCAACAUCAACCACUUUCUUUGCAACAGCAACAGCAACAGCAGCAGCAGCAGCAACAACAACAGCAACAGCAUGAGCAGCAAGAGCAACCUCAUGCGCUGGUAACGACCAGCAAAUCGCAACCAACUUCCGGCCAGGUUCAGCUCAUUUCGCAGCCACCUGUACAAGCCCAUCACCAUCACACGAUCAUACAGCAGCAGCAGCAGCAGCAGCAACAACAACAACAACAACAACAACAACUUUCACAGACUUCGCAACAGCAACAGCAUACCGUGGUGUUGACCAGUCAGCAUCAGCAGUCUUUAACUGUGCCAAAAAACGGCAUUAGCACGGGUUCCACCUAUCAAUGGCAUGCAUUGCUUCCGAUCAUACAUAGUCCGUCGGCGAUCGCCAAGAGCAACCACCAUCCUCAUCAUCAACACCACCACUAUGCGCAUAUGGCACACUCGCAGACCUACGGACCAUCUGCAACAAUAGCAGUUUCUGCUGCUGGACCUCCAUCUUCAGCGGCGGCGGCGACGGUUGCCACACAACCUUCGUCGAUUGGAAGCUCCUCCACAACGACAGCGAAGUCGUCGUCGUCAGCGACAUCCUCGAUGAUAAUCGUACCAUCGAAAAUGUACGCUUCACCGCCACCACCCCAACCGGCCGCGGAAGAUAUGGUUUCCAUCGACGACGAUGACCAGGGAGACGAUGAUGUCUUUGAAGCAGAGCCCGUGAAAACAGCAGCACCCGAUACGAACAGCUCCACCGCGCACGGUGGAGAUCAAACAAGCAACCGGUAUGCGGUCAGUGACGCUAGUGGUGGUGGUGGUGCAGGAAGCCAUCAACUUCUGCGAGGAAUGGACAUUGAGGCACCGUCAACGACGGUUCCUAGCAAUAAGGGAUGUUCGGCCGAAAGUGCCGAAUCAAUCGCCAAGCGUCGGACGCAAUCGUGCAGUGCGGCACUGCAGGCGGCCGCAGUAUCAAAUGGCGGUGGAAGUGGCAAUGGCACACCAAAGGAACCGCAGAGUCCUUUAAGCAACAAGAAGGAUGCAAAAAUUCGGCGUCCAAUGAACGCGUUCAUGAUAUUCUCCAAACGGCACAGAGCGCUAGUGCAUCAGAAGCAUCCGAAUCAAGACAAUCGAACAGUGAGCAAAAUACUUGGCGAAUGGUGGUAUGCACUAAAACCGGAAGAGAAAACCAAAUACCACGAGCUAGCGAGCGAAGUGAAGGAAGCUCACUUUAAGGCACACCCUGAAUGGAAAUGGUGCUCAAAAGAUCGUCGUAAAUCUUCCUCCUCGGCGAAGGAAGGCGUUGGUGGAACGCCAGCAAGUGGCGGUGUCGGUGUAGGAGGUGUACUAGUAUCAGCUGGCGGUAACAAUAGCCGCGGCCGGAUCGAUUCCUUCGAUGGUAACGAUUCAUUCGAUGAAAAGAGUCCGAAAACUCCAUCGGAAGUGAUGCCACCGAUCAGCUCUUCCGGGUCGGGUGGAAGCGGAAAUCAAGCGAACGAUAUCAUCCCGCUAACGGUGGCACCUUACAACACGAUCGAAGAAUCAUCUGAAGCUUCAGCCCCAACAACGUCCUCCACCGUGAUGAUGAUGCUUCCACCGACGACGACGGCUAAUCACGGUUCAGCAGCUUCAAGCAAUACGGGAAAUCACAAUAAUCCCGAAGCGAUGAUCGUCGAUGCAGCAGCAAACACCCCAUCCCAAUCUCAGCGUUACGAUGAGCCGGAACACCGGGAAAAGAACGACGAACGAAUGGACAUUUCGAUUACGGAUGAGCAGAUGGAUGAGAGCGAUGGUGUGACAGGUGGUGGUAUUUCUGACGAAGAUCAGCACAUGACGAACGUAAAAGAAGAAGCGGUAUCGAAAAACACGUCAUCAUCCACAUGUUCGCAGCCUGCCGACGUAGCUGAACUAGACCUGAAGUGUGCCGAAAAGGUAAGCGAUUCGGAUGUGGAAGAUAUCUCUGGCAACGCUAAGUGCAAACAAGAGCAUGAGGAAAUCAGGCACAACGUAACUACUGCUACAUCUAAUGCUGCUAGUUCUUCUACUAAGGUUUCACAAUCGACGGUUUCAAACGACUUCCAUCAUGCUAGUAACGGGGACGUAGCGACGGAUUAUUCGAUAAAAACACUGACAACGGCAAGCAAUGGUGGAAAUGCUAGCGGACUACCAACAACACCUGGUGGACCUAAUUCAUCUUCGCAUGAGUCGUCUUCCGGAUCGUUACUGACAUGCAAACCGAAGCCUAUCAAAGCAGGUGCCCUACGACAGCAACCGAUGGCAUUAACGGGUGAUAGUGUAGGCACCAGUGCGGGUGCGAAUAACGCCGUUGGUCCGGGAGGAGAUAGUAAUGCUGGUAGCAAUAUUACUUCCAGUAGUAGUGCUGGUGGGCAUGGUGGUAACAUAUUUCAACAUCACCAUACCCAUCCACACCACCAUCACCAUCACCCGAUCGGGUACGCGUACAGUAGUCCGAAAAAUCCUGUUGGUGUUUCGCCAUUCCAGCCAACGGGAGGAGCAUUUAAAACGAUGCCCCAAAGUCCCAAAACACUGGGAAAACAGGACCAUUCAUCAUAUCUGCUAUCACCUGCUGCCUCAACUCCAACCGUGUCUACGAUAAAGAUGGAACCAGCGGAAAAUCUAACCACUAGCAGCAACAGCGCCCGAAGCAAUGUCGAUACAAUAUUUAACUUCUCUACCGCUGCCAUAAAGGAACAAUAUCUACAGCAGCAGCACCAACAACAGCCGACAGCACACUAUCAUGCCAAUGAUCAGCAACAGCACAAAUUGCUCCUUGCCGUGAGUAACAGCGGUGCAGAAUCCAUGACGGCGGCAGCAGCAACCUCCACGACGUUGACUGUAACCCCACCGAGCAGCAGCUGCUCGUCGGAAAGCGGUGGAAGCGGACUCAGCAACAGCACCAAAUGUAAAUCGCUGCUAGAGCUUAACCCCACCAUCUGUUACACGAUCUCGAAUGUUAACGGUAGCCAUGCGACCUCUAGUAGCAAUGCAAACCUUAAGCCUAAUACUAACGCAAUAGUGAUGAGCAUGAAAAAAGUUCUACCGGUGGCAUCAUCAUCAUCCUCCACGCCGUCGUCCGUCGCUUCCUUGCCGGCAUCGUUGACACUGAGCUCAGCGCUACACCCGCUGCAAGCGCCUCCCGGCAGUGCGGGAUUCUCCAUGCUGUCCACGGUCAGUUCCGGUGGCGGUAGCGUUCCGGCGACAAGCAUAUCCACUAGCAACAGUUGUGCUACCGAUUUGACGACGAUGCUACCCGGCAGUGUAGCAGCGAGCGCUGGCAUAAACAACACCACGACAACAACCAUUCUUGCCUCCGCAUCGCAGCGUUUACCGGGUCGGCAGAAAUUGAUGCUGUGUCCACAGUUUGCCCUAGUCCUUCCCGAUAAUCAGCAAUUCACGCUGACCGAUCGUUCGAAGAUUUCGUUCGCGAAUCUUUCGACGGCAACCAUGAAACCGGCACAGGCCAACACAAUCUUUACCGCAAUUCCUUCCGCCCCGUCGUCCUGUUCCACCAUUGUUUCCUCACCCUCCUCGAACGCCACCGUCGCUUUUGCACUAACACCGACAUCAUCUUCCUCGUCAACCACUGGCGCUUUACGGCAGACCAGUAACGGAACCAUCCAGCCGGUGACGAUGGCACACGUGAAACUAACAAACAUCCUCCCGACAACAGUAACACCUUCUUCAUCAUCCACUACUACUUCUACUUCAUCAUGUUCCACCUCAACCAUCUCAUGUUCUUCGUCGAGUAUGCUAAUCAAACCGUCGGCAACGACCGCAAUCGUGGCCAAUGGCAAUGUUGCUGGUACCACCGCCACCACCACCUCCAUUCCCGUACAAUAUUUGAUCCAAGGCAAGAUACCGAAUCUUCUCAUCUCCACGACACAGGGCUAUCCGACGCAGUUGCAACAGUCGCAUCAUCACAGCCAGCAACAAUAUGCAACGAUCAAGCAAGAAGCGCCGGAAUCGCCCGGUGUGAAACAUUACCUACCGGUCACACCGAUUUCCAGCAGUACCAACGCCGCCAGCAUUGCGUCUUCGCACGGCAGCGGCACCGGUAACCACCAGAACAGUGGUGACGCCACUAUGGCUGCUGCUGCGGCCAGUACCACUUCGGAUACCGGUGCUUCCAACGAAGAAGAUAUGGAGGAGGAUUAUGCUGGAGAUCGGCAGGGUAACACCGGGUCGGCAGGGCCACCGGAGAGCAAGAAGUUUAUUCUGGCACCGACACCGGCACAGCUCGGUCGCGCACCACUGCAGCGCCGUCAGAUGAGCGGUGGCGGAUGCAACAGUAACAGCAACAGUAACAGUGGUAUGAUGCAGCCAGAGCAACAGCAACAACAACCACUGAGCGGCAACAGUGUCGCUCAACAGCAGACCACACCGAUGGACGAUGAUGGGGGGGCAGACGAUGCGGCUAAUUCCUCAUCGAACGGGCAAAACAAUCACCAGCACGCCUCGAUGCCGUCCGCUUUGCCGACACCGACGUCCGCCUCAAUGGAGGACUACCACAGUCAGAUUUCACCGUCCGCCGCUAAGAAAGCUUUCUUUCGCAAGGCUAAACCGGAUGAUAUGGAUAAUGUGCUUCGACAGGUUGACUUUGAGAAAAAGUUCAAAACAUUGCCCCAGUUUAAGCCGGAAGAUUGUCACUCACCCAGUGCCAUUAUGGCGUCGUCGCCACGUGUGUUCACACAGAAUUAUCGGAAAAAGCAAACCACAACUCACAAAACGCUGCCCGACGAUGAUCAGCACAAUAAUCUACAUUCGGACGGUAGCGUUCCACCGUUAUCCAGCACGGCUACACCGUCCAGUUCGUACGUGAUCGGGAAUCGGUUUUUCGGACCGGAUUUCAACAUGGAACAGUACAAAGAAAUGUCAGCCGAUAUGGGACGGGGAGGAGCAGUUGGAGCCGGUGGCGGUGGUCCAGGAGCGGACGAUCGUUCGCCUCGAACACCCAAGACGCCAUCGCAGCGAUCAGUCAAUUCGGCCGAAGAAAAGGGUCAUCGAAAGAUACUCGAACAACGGCGCAACCUGGUGGUGCAGCUGUUUAACGAACACGGGAUGUUUCCAUCAACGCAUGCCACAAACAGCUUUCAGUUGGCGCACAGCGACAUAUUUCCCAACAAACAAAGCCUGCAACUGAAGAUACGUGAAGUGCGUCAAAAAUCGAUGGCCCAGCAGCCUGGUUUUACGCCGCAGUCAGCUGGUCCUAUCACUCCGACAGAAAUUAACAGUGGUCAGUCUGACAACAACCAGCAACAUUCGUUUCACCAGCAACAAAUUCAACAUCUUCAUCAACCGCAGCAACAGCAACAGGAACAGCAUCAAAUAAAUUGAACUAACAUCAGUUGGACACAGAGGCGAGCUACAAGGUAAAAUGGUUGAAAAGACCUCAGAAUACAAAAAUGGUUGGACGAGCUGGUUUCCUCGCGUUUACGUGGUUGACAUUGAGAACAAACAAAAACACGCAUAAAUCGUUUGCAUAUUUGCUAGGCAAAAAAGUAUAAAGCAUCUCAGUGUAGUGUAUGCAAAACUAUGGAAAAACGACGAAAAUAUGUAGAACAUAAUGCAAGCAAAGUGAAAUAAGAGCACAUCAGCAUUAGACAAGAUACUUUUAUUCUGUUUUUUGUUUUACAUUAUUGUGCUAUCAGAAAAAAAAAAUCGUUUCAAGUGAUUAGCAGUUGUGAAUACGGUCUCUUGAUAUAUUGUUUUCCAAUAGCAGAAAUAUUGGAUACACUUGAAAGCACAUGCAAUACAUUAACUACAAUAGUAACGGCUGAAUGGCCGAAAAAAAAACCCGUAAUAAAAUAAUAGCCAUUCCCUUCGCUUACUCUACACUCCAACAUAAAACCACUAUAAUACAGCAAAACGAUUGAAUUCCCUAUGAAUUCCCUAGUGAAACAAACAGGCUUUUCUCGAUUUUUCUCUAUAUUUUACACAUCUUUCCUUACCCAAUGCAGCAGCACCACCUAUCGUUGUUACGUUAUCCGAGCGUUAAAAAACGAUUCUAGUUGUAUCUUUUGCCAUUGAGCUUUAGAUUGAUGUAAGAAAUGGUAACAACAACAAUAAUGCUACAUAUUAGUGCUGCAGGCUUAUUGACAAACGAAACGUUGUUCCGAAGCUUCUCGAUUGUACAAGAGGUGCACCGGCACAUGCUAGUAAUUGUUUCAAGGCGUACACUUCCAGGGAAACUUUCUAGUUGAAUACAUUGGUUUUUCGCAUUCUUACCCAUGGACAAACAUGGCGUUUCCACAUGGCGGUGGUGUAAUAGUAGUAGUAGUAGUAGUAGUAGUAGUAGUAAUUGGUAGGUUGAACCCCCCGAGUGUGUAGUAAUAAUCAUUGAUGAUGUUUGUUGUAAUUUUUUGCGCAUGUGAUGUAAAGUAAAAUAGUUUAAUGGAAAGCGCGAGGAAGUUUGCCGGUAACACUCGGCUAAUAGCUGUUUGCAAUUAGCAACAAACGUCAGCAUGAUUGGAAGCAACCAAGUGUAAAAGAUUACAUGGAACCAACAAAGCAUAGUGUUAUUGUUAUCAGCAGCAAAUUAGAUAUGACCGAUGUGGAUACAUUGAUGAAGGACAUGUUGCAAUGGAGAGAAAGUUGGAAAUGCAAGAUAGAAGCUGUAAACACACAUACACACAGGAGUAUUUCACGAAUUUUGCAAAAAAAUUGCAAAAGCUUUUCUCUUGGUAGUUGAAAUAACCCCCAUCCCCCCCUUAUCGAUGCGCCAAUGGGAGCAAAAUGCGGUGAUUUUAGUUCUGUAAGUUCGAUUGCAAAAAAAAAAGAGAAUAUACAACGUGAACAAAACGUUCUAAAAAAAGUUAUAUUCUUCACGAUAUUAUCUUCAGUUUAGGAAUGCCAAUUAUCAGGGUUUAUGUGCGAUAUGAUAUGAUGCUGAGUGCAUGGCAUCGCGUUUUGCAAGCAUAUAAGACGACCCAAUUGAGGUGUAACGUGUCUGUACAUAUGUAGAAACCUAACACACGCGAACACAUAGAUUCGUAGUGUCGAUUUUUCCUUGACAAAAAAAAACAACUAACCCAAUUGAGUUUUGUUGUAUUAUAAAUCAGUUAUGUUUUCCAUUUCACAAUUGAUGUAACACGAUGUAACAAGCAAAGUACAACCAAUUUAGUAAGGAAUAGGGUUUUACCUGCAAAACUAGUAUGCAAAGAAAAGAAAAAAAGAAGGAAAAAACAUCUGUACGUGUGAUAAUGGGAAAAUAGUGGCCAAUGCUGCGUAAUGGUGUUUUCACGAAUAAAAAUAAAAACACAAAGCAGAAGGAGGAGAGAGAGAGAGAGAAAAAAAAAUAGA